GCCAGCACAAACAGAAUGUUGAGAGGAGUUCGCCAGCCAACCUUCUCCAGCCCGCAGCGACUGUCACCAGGCUGUCACCAUCGCCGGCCAGGCCAGCACCUUCGGGACUCUAUGACGUCGGCGAAGCUCCACCCUGGCCACGCCCCUCCAGGUGGAGCCAAUGGGAGCGCGAGGCGGGCAACUUGCCCCUUCGCCCCGCCCCUCCGGCGGAGCCAAUCGGAGGGCCGGGCCCCUCCGCCCUCCAGGGGCCCGCGAGGGCUGGCUCCUCCGCGGCGGGGAGCGAUGGACCCGGGCCCCGAGCCUGCUCGUCUGCGCGUCCGCCGGGCCCGGCCGCCGCCAGCUGAGGCGAAGCUGCCGGUGAACUACGAGGAGGAGCUGUACGACUGCCUCGACUACCACUACCUGCGUGACUUCCCGGCCUCCGGGGCGGGGCGCAGCAAGGGCCGGACGCGGCGCGAGCAGGAACUGCGCACCAACCGGCCGGUGCCCGGCGGCCACGAGCGCAAGGUCGCGCAGAGGCUCCUCAACGGCCAGCGGAAGCGUCGCCAGCGCCAGCUGCAGCCCCGGCCGCGCACUUGCCUCGCCUAAGCGCUGGAUACUCAAAGGACCCGAUAAAAGUACUUUCACUUAGUCCAACUGUAACUGUGGUCCUCCAUGUUGGUCAACAGAACUUUUCGACAUCCUUAAGUUUGCUGCUUCAAUCUUUUCCUUACCAAUUGUUAAUUAAGUUACGUCCAAGUGGAUAUGCCUUUUAGAGUUUUUAAUUAAAACAGAACAGCAAGAAUGGCA